AUCCGCCGCACACAAUCGUUGUUCAAUCGUCUAGCGAGAAAGAUGUCGGCGGUGGCGGAGUUGUAGCAAAAUAAUAUAGCCAAAAGAAAAAACAAAACUCGACCAUUUUCACACCGUACAGUAAAGAAGCUAAAUCGUUAAGAAAGAAAGUACCUAUCUAUCGAGUUUUGAGCUAAAAGAUUGAAAUUGGUUUGUGUGCGUGCGUCAAUGUGUGUCCAUAUCAGUGUUCUGUGGGAAUAAUACCAGCAGCUGCUUCUAACUAGGGUCGUCCUCGCGGAGAGGUCGUUGUUGGGUUGCGGAUUGUUGCUUCUGUUUGGUGAGCAACAUCCUCUUGGAGGUCCUGUUGUUGUAUAAGUGGAGUACAUCAGCCGAUAAGCAUCUAUUUUCAAAGUAAAUGUGUAAAAUCAUUCUUAACGGAACUUAUUUUAUUUCAAAGAUUGCCACCACAACAAAGAUCGCCACCUGUUGGUGCAAUCCUGGCGACCUUGCGCUAGGUCGUUAGGGAACAGUCACCGUCAUCGGAUCGGACCGGUUCGCAUUGCACAGCAAACCAGCAGGGCAGUAGAAGGAUGCAGCGAACGUUCGGUUUGUCCCCAGCGAGCCGCGCCGGCGUCUACGAUGGUAAAAUAGCUGGCCUAUAUGACCUCGAGGAAACGCUCGGCUCCGGACACUUUGCGGUGGUGAAGCUGGCCCGGCAUGUCUUCACCGGCGAGAAGGUGGCCGUCAAGGUGAUCGACAAAACCAAACUGGACGAAAUUUCGCGGGCCCAUCUGUUCCAGGAAGUGCGAUGUAUGAAGCUCGUGCAGCACCCAAAUGUGGUUCGGCUGUACGAGGUCAUCGACACCCAAACCAAGCUGUAUCUGAUAUUGGAGCUGGGCGAUGGAGGGGAUCUGUACGAUUACAUCAUGCGCCACGACAAGGGCCUGACGGAGAACGUGGCCCGAGAGUACUUCCGCCAGAUUGUGCGGGCCAUUUCGUACUGCCAUCAGUUGCAUGUUGUGCACAGAGACUUAAAACCAGAAAAUGUGGUAUUCUUCGAAAAGUUGGGAGUGGUAAAGUUGACUGAUUUUGGAUUUAGUAAUAAGUUCUGCCCUGGUCAGAAGCUGGAGACUUCCUGCGGUAGUUUAGCGUACUCUGCACCGGAAAUUUUGCUCGGUGAUUCUUACGAUGCCCCAGCAGUCGACGUCUGGUCGCUGGGUGUCAUUUUGUUCAUGCUCGUGUGCGGCCACCCACCGUUCCAGGAGGCAAACGACUCCGAAACGCUCACGAUGAUUAUGGACUGCAAGUACACGAUGCCGGAGCACGUGUCCGGGGGCUGUCGGAGGCUUAUCGGAAACAUGCUGGUGCGGGAGCCGGAAAAACGUGCCACCCUGCAGCAGAUUGCCCAGAACGAGUGGCUGCUUGAGGGAAGCAUCGAGGAAACGCCCGAAUACCUGCCGCUUGUCAGCCGGGAGCAAGUGAGCGAGGAGGACCACACGCUAAUAAUCCAAAAGAUGAUCAACGGCAAGAUAGCUACCAAAGAGGAAAUUUUAGAGGCUCUAGAUCGUAACGAGUAUAAUCACAUAACGGCGACGUAUUUUCUGCUGGCGGAGCGAAAAUUACGCGCCCACCGACAGGAGGAAGCGCAAAAACGGAAACCGGAGCUGUCGCUGCCGGUGUCCAAUUCGUCGAGACUGCAAGGUUUUAAGAAAAACUCCGAAGACGACUCCAAAGAGGACGGUUUACUGCCACACAAGCUUGGAAUGCAUCUGAGUGUACCCCGGACGCCGGGUACGGAGACCGGACAGACCGGUCGAAGCCGGAAGUGCAGUAUCGUACAAGAGGAGGAAGAUGACGAGGACGAUGUUACUGGUGCUGGUCACGAGGAACUGUCCACCCCGUUGAACCGACGAGGGUCCCGUUCGGAGGGUCGGCUCAACAUUACCGUACAGGAUCGGAUAGCGGAAUCCGAACGACUGAAGCUGGAAGCGAAAAAGCAAGCGGAAGCAAAAGAAAAGGAAUUGUUGCAACAGCAGCUGCAGCUGCAGCAGGAGCUGGAAGCAAAAGAAAAUGCUGCUGCGGGGAUGCUGGGUGGAUUCGUAGGGAUUGGGAAUGUGACGCUGAUCACGAGUGAAAAUAGUUGUACCAAAGAAAGACUGGGAAUCGCUGGUGGUGGCUUACAUCGGAAGGUUCCGGAGAUCAAAAGGGGGAUGGAUUUCCCAAAGAAAACAUCCAUUCUCAAGCCGCAAGGGAACGUUCGAGGAGGUUCGUUCGACAAAUGUAUUGCUAGUAUUAAGGAUGCGGAGUUGGUCAGUACGAAAAUAAUUUCGGAUAGUGCGACCAUAACGAUGCCGCUUACGGUGAAUAUCGUAAACACCUCGAGUAUUCCGAAGUACAAAACGAUGCCGUCGCCGACGCGAGUCAAUACCAUCCUGAACACCAACACCAACUGUUUGAAUGAAAUAUUCGAGGAAGGAACGGAUGUCGGAAGUUCGGACAGUACGACGACCACUCCUCGACCGGUGAUCAGGAACCAAUUCAACGCCCGAGCUCAAAGUCAAGGUGGAAAUGGAAACAAUGUCCAUCGGCGUACGAAGUUCAACAAGUCCCGAACCGCUUCCUGCAGUAGUUCGGACGCAUCUGACGAUGACUCGGAGAAUCGUAAGAAGCGAGCGCACAAAAUCGUGGAUUCCACCGUGAAACCACAAACCCAGCGUCGCGAUUCUCACGAUGACUCGAGUGAUUCGCAGGAUCCCGGUAACGCUGCAGCACCUUCUAGCACGGGUGCUUGCGUGAGAGCCAUUAUGACUGGAGCUGCGAGCAGUUCUUCCAAUAACGAUGCCGGUAAUCAGCCAAAUACGGAAAAACGAAACUCCGGGAAUGGCAACCGUCAGAAGUCGUCCCAGCAGGUAGAUUUCCGACGACAUCGAGGACGAAGAAGGCCAGUCGAAACGCGGCUUCGUGAAAGCCAAUCUUUGAAUCGGAUAACCGAGGUCCAGGAAUCCGAGACUUCUCAUUCGGCCGCUGCAGCAGCUGCUGCUGCCGCGGCUGCCGGUGCCAUAUCAUCUUCAACCGUGCCAAUUGAUACUCCCGAUGGGGAGCAACCAAGCCAAACCACAGCCACAACCACCACCACCACCACCACCAGUCAGGAGGAGUAUGACCCCAAGGACGAGUUUAGCAAUAACGUGAACCAUCCAGACGACGAGAAUAACGAAGGCGCUGUAGGUAAUAGCAGUACGAACAACACUCCCAAUACCGGCAGCAGUAGUAGCGGUAGCAGUCACCCAAGCAAACCGAAAGGUUUCAGCGCGCGGAUAUUCCAUCCAUUCAAGAAGCAGCACCAUCAGCCGUCGUCUAACAGUUCCACGCCCAGUGUGGAUAUGCCAGCCGAAGCGCUUAAAACGGGCAUCACGACGUCGACGACGGCUCCUUCUGGGGACGAUAUCGAGAUUGUGGUCGAGCUGGCCAAGGCACUGAACGCGUCCGAAAGCAGUGGGAAGAGCACGAAGAAGAUCAAGAUCUUGGGAAGGUAUUUCCAGGUGCACAAAAAGAUCUACGUUCCGCUGUCUGGCCUGUUCCAGCGAGGUCGCCUCUACAAGGCUCAGUCGUGUGGUUCGAUUGUACGGGAUAAGGUAAACCAGAAUCCGAACGGUUCUGGGGGAGGUCGGGGCGGUGGCGGUAGUGGUGCCGGAGGAGCCAACUCCAACGCACGCCAUUCGACCAUCUUCAACGAGAAGCAUCGGUUCAAAAAUUGCCUCAGCGGUACGCGGUUGCUCGGUAGCGACGGAGACAUCAAUCACAAUGGGAACAGUUUUAUCACGGCAGCGGCGGCCAUGUCCAACGGAAGCGUAUCGCCAGCAGAGCUGGUGGUGGCCACUGGUGGGGCAACCAGCCCGGUCUGUGGACUAGCAACCGGUGGAGCCAGGCCCACUGCUUCAGUGCCAAUCAAAACCGCGUAGUAGUAGGAGAAUUGAACAUCUCAUAUGUUUAAGUACCUUGGCUGUUGAUUAGACAAAUUAGCACGCGCACGAAAUCUGCACUGCUCACCAGCAUCAUCGUCAUCAAUCACCACUAGAGCGCUUCCAUUUUCAUCUGGUUUUAGUUUUACUUAGGAUCUACCACAGGCCUGAAUGUUCCUUACGUGUAGUUUUUGACUGAUGACCGUUCGCGUCCAACUCAUCGUCACCUAGAAUCAUCCUGAUGGAAAAAAAACUUCUUGCACACGCAUUAUUCAUAUAGCAAUGAUUCCGUGAGCCGAAGUAGCACUACUACUCUACUUCCGCACGGAUACAGCUAAAAGCGCCAAAGAGAUCUCGAAAACAGAAUGCAUAUUGAAUAUCAGCUCGAAGCUCGAAGUUCGGUUCGGCCCAAUCAUUUUCUAUUCAUUAAGACACUGACUGCUGCAGCACCGCACCAACCCCACCAACAAUCAAUGAGAGUUGAUCCUACUGGUACACGAAAUUUUUGAAGGAAAAUGUGUCUCGGAUCGUGUACGCAAAUCGAUGUGCAAUAAUGGUUAUGAGCUUAGGUUUACCGUUGAAUACUACCUGAAUAUUCCGCAAGGGUUCUCGCGGUUAGUAAAAAACAUACAAACACACAUACGGGACGGUUUCCUUGUUACAAAUGUGUUAUUUUCUUCUUUACCAACUGAAUAGCUAUAAAUUCUGUCCAUAUUAGUGUGUAUGUUUCCUUUUAGAAACUUUUGACUACCGAGAGCAAACAUGUUUUAAGCAGUCGUAGGAGGACACAGAAGAUUUGUAUUUAAAGUUGUACAGUGCAAAAAGGUUUUGAGAUAGGUUAAACAGUUACACAAAUACAAACUCAAUUUAAAUACCCAACCAAUCAAUCAAUAAAUUUUAAAUAGGCAUCAUUUGUAUGUGCUGUGCACAGGGACUGUAUGCAGAAGGAGAAACAAAACGAGACGGUAGGGUGGAAAAUCAUUGCAAAAAAAAUGAAAGCAAAUUAAUUUAAAGUAUAGUUUAGGUUCUCUUAUUCCCUACUUGUUUUUGGAAAAAGAAAAGUUGCCAAUAAAUAUUACAUACAUCCGCAUAUGUGAACGGUUAGGAUAUCUCCUUUCGAAAGAUUAGGAAUACUCUUAAAGUGUGAUGACUAAGCCGUUCAUGUGUUUGGUGUUUAACCCAAUUGAAUGCAUGAAUUUUGUCGAAGAAAAUCCUGAAACAAUCCUACACAGUUCGAAUUGAACUGAAAUCUAAAACUAAACAGAACAUGAACAAGCUACUAAUCAAGAGAGUGCGAAACUAACAUUUUUUAGAUACACAAGCAUAUUCAUAAGAGUCAUCGUACACAUAAUGCAGCACUUGCCGUAUCAUUUGGAUUAAGAAAUUGAUAGUUUGGAUUGACAGGUGUUUCUGCUUUCUCCACCUUCUAACUGAAGUGGUGCUUCUAACUGAACUGGAGACUUGCCGGAGAAGUUUUGUUUUCGUUUUUACGAUUCUUGCUAGUCAGUGCUUUGUGAAACCCAAGCACUGAAACGAUACACCAUCAAUUGGUGAGCUCGUUCCAUGCUUCUAUUUAAUUUCUUUAUCGUGAAAACGGUAUGCAUUAUCAUGUAUGCAACAUUUAUGUAUUUGUUCACAAAACGAUGAUUGUUUCGACACUCCAUGUGUUACCAAUGAUUGUCGUACUAUAAUUCAUACAGGCUUCUGGCACCUCAAUACAACCCCAUGGGAAAAAUCGAACAACCAAGUACCCCAAGUCAAUUCAAUGGUUGCAAACAAAUCGUCGUUUCGUUAUCAACAAUCUAAAAUGACGAUAAACUUUUCACGUCUAAAAUGUAAUUUUUGAUACUUCCCCAAGUAACCACCAUGUCAGCUGUAUAAUAACACUAUAUUGGCACGCAGGGCGAAUUAAAGUGCUAUUUGGUUACUUGGGUCAUGUAGUUUCAAUCUGGCACACUGCAAAACCCUUAUGAAAUUCAAAUUUAAGAAUAAACUUUGUGAUUGAUAAAGCUUGAAAACAGUAUGAAAAAACGGAAAAAAAUAUCCUUGAAAUGAUUUGGCCAAAAUCAGUAAUUCCUCUUUAUGAUGCUCACUUUAAAAACAUGGAUUCUUAGCACUGAGAUGAGCUAUUUUACAUAAUACAUAUUGAAUAACUGUUUGUAAUUACGAAAAAAAUCUUUGAAGUGUCGACGGGUUUUUAUCCAUAGACUAUUAGAAUAUUAUUGCGGUUCAUGUUCCGUAAAUCGAAUCAUUUAUCAAUUGCUGAAUGGUUCGUCACUGAAAGUGUCGACAAUUUUUUGUACAGGAGAAUAUAAUAGAAGGAUAUUCUGUAAAUGGAUAACUUUUCAAAUUGAAGUUGACACGAAUCGCAUAACUUGCCAAGCUGAAUCCAGAUUGUGUAGCUACUUAAUUCUUCCCACUAACAAAAACUCUUUCCCGUGACAAGCAUGAAAUUGUAGAGGUAUACUCGGUAUUCAGUAACAAUGGAUGUCACACUACUUAACAUUCAUUCCCUUCCCCGAUAACCGCAAGGACGUGGCCGGCGCCGUUAUUGACUUUAAAAUAAGUCUAUAGAUGAAACGAUAAUGUGUAAUGGUAAAUGUUAUUCGUUACUUAAACUUUGCUUCUAACGGGAGUUCAGUAAAAAUGAAAAUGAUAGCAAAACUUUUCUGUAAUUCAAGUAAAGAGUGUAUGUUUUUUUCUCUUCAAGAGAAUUGCUCUCUGGACUCCCUUAAAAUGGGUGGCAUGCAGUGAUACCAUAUACACAGAUUUAUCUGUAAUUACACAGAUUUUUUCCUGUUCUUGCUUACAGAUAUCUCUGUGAGCACAGAUCACAGAUUUUUGAGAUAAAAAAGAUUUUCAAGAUUUUAGGAUAUUUUACGAGUUUAGGACACAGUUU